AUGGCCGCAUCUACCCUGUCCGUCUGCUCCAGUGACCUGAGCUACAGCAGCCGUGCCUGCCUGCCCGGGUCCUGUGAUUCUUGUACUGAAUCUUCCUGGCAGGUGGACGACUGUCCAGAGAGCUGCUGUGAGCCCUCCUGCUGCGCCCCCACCUGCUGCCAACCCUCCUGCUGCACCCCCAGCUGCUGUGUCCCUACCUGCUGCCAGCCCUCCUGCUGCACCCCCAGCUGCUGUGCCCCCAGCUGCUGCCAGCCCACCUGCUGCACCCCCAGCUGCUGUGCCGCCAGCUGCUGUGUCCCUACCUGCUGCACCCCCAGCUGCUGCCAGCCCUCCUGCUGCACCCCCAGCUGUUGUGUCCCCAGCUGCUGCCAGCCCUCCUGCUCCUGCACCAGCUCCUGCACCAGCUCCUGCACGCCCUCAUGCUGCAGGCAGUCUAGCUGCCAGCCCUCCUGCUGCACCUCCUCCCCCUGCCAGCAGGGCUGCAGUGUGCCCGUCUGCUGCAAACCGGUGUGCCGCAGGCCUAUCUGUUCUAGGGUCACUCUCUGCCCAGCCCCCUCGAGCUGCUACAGACCCUCCUCCUGCACCUCGUCCUGCUACAGGUCCUCCUCCUGCGUGUCCCUCAUCUGCCGCCCCGUGUGCAGGCCUGCCUGCUGCGUGCCUGUCUCCUCCUGCUGUGGCCCCGCCUCCUCCUGCAGGCCCAGCUGCUACCGCCCAUCCUCCUGCGUGUCCUUGAUCUGCCGCCCCGUGUGCUCCCGCCCAGCCUGCUGA